AUGGCCCGCCUCGGGGCCCCCCAGACGUGGGUGCUGCUGACGCUGCUCGCCGCCGCCGUCCUGCGGUGUCAGGGCCAGGAUGCCCAGGAGGCUGGCAGCUGCGUGCAGAAUGGGCAGAGGUAUAAUGAUAAGGAUGUCUGGAAGCCCGAGCCCUGCCGGAUCUGUGUCUGUGACACUGGGACCGUCCUCUGCGACGACAUAAUCUGUGAAGAUGUGAAAGACUGUCUCAGCACUGAGAUCCCCUUCGGAGAGUGCUGCCCCAUCUGCCCGACUGACCUCUCCACUGCCAGUGGGCAACCAGGACCAAAGGGCCAGAAAGGAGAACCUGGAGAUAUCAAGGAUAUUGUAGGACCCAAAGGACCCCCUGGGCCACAGGGACCUGCAGGUGAACAAGGACCUAGAGGUGAUCGUGGUGACAAAGGCGAAAAAGGUCCACCUGGACCUCGGGGCAGAGAUGGAGAGCCUGGGACCCCUGGAAACCCUGGCCCCCCUGGCCCUCCUGGCCUCCCCGGUCCCCCCGGCCUCGGUGGGAACUUUGCUGCCCAGAUGGCUGGAGGAUUUGAAGAGAAGGCUGGUGGUGCCCAGAUGGGAGUAAUGCAAGGACCAAUGGGCCCCAUGGGACCUCGAGGACCACCAGGCCCUGCUGGCUCUCCCGGUCCUCAAGGAUUUCAAGGCAACCCUGGGGAGCCCGGGGAACCCGGAGUCUCCGGUCCCAUGGGACCACGCGGUCCUCCUGGUUCUCCAGGAAAGCCUGGUGACGAUGGUGAAGCCGGAAAGCCUGGGAAAUCUGGUGAAAGGGGCCCUCCAGGUCCUCAGGGUGCUCGCGGCUUCCCCGGAACUCCAGGCCUUCCUGGUGUCAAAGGUCACCGAGGCUACCCAGGCCUGGAUGGUGCUAAAGGAGAAGCUGGAGCCCCCGGUGUGAAGGGUGAGAGUGGCGCCCCUGGGGAGAACGGUUCUCCAGGCCCCAUGGGUCCUCGAGGCCUGCCUGGUGAGAGGGGACGGACUGGCCCCGCCGGCGCUGCGGGUGCGAGGGGCAACGACGGUCAGCCUGGCCCCGCCGGGCCUCCGGGUCCCGUGGGUCCAGCCGGUGGUCCUGGCUUCCCUGGUGCCCCCGGAGCCAAGGGCGAAGCUGGUCCCACGGGCGCUCGUGGGCCUGAAGGCGCUCAAGGUUCUCGCGGGGAACCUGGCACCCCCGGGUCCCCGGGGCCGGCCGGGGCUUCGGGGAACCCUGGAGCAGACGGGAUUCCUGGCGCCAAAGGCUCAGCUGGUGCUCCUGGCAUUGCUGGUGCUCCCGGCUUUCCUGGACCCCGCGGACCCCCCGGCCCUCAAGGUGCAACUGGUCCUUUGGGCCCCAAAGGCCAGACGGGUGAACCCGGCAUCGCUGGCUUCAAAGGCGAGCAAGGCCCCAAGGGCGAGCCUGGUCCUGCAGGCCCCCAAGGAGCCCCUGGCCCUGCUGGCGAAGAAGGAAAGAGAGGUGCUCGGGGCGAGCCUGGGGGUGCCGGUCCUAUUGGCCCCCCUGGAGAGAGAGGUGCUCCUGGCAACCGAGGCUUCCCAGGGCAGGAUGGUCUGGCCGGGCCCAAGGGAGCCCCCGGAGAGCGGGGACCCAGCGGCCUUGCUGGCCCCAAGGGCGCCAACGGUGACCCCGGCCGCCCCGGAGAGCCCGGCCUUCCUGGGGCCCGGGGUCUCACUGGCCGCCCUGGCGAUGCUGGUCCUCAAGGCAAAAUCGGCCCUUCCGGAGCCCCCGGUGAAGAUGGCCGCCCUGGGCCUCCGGGUCCUCAGGGGGCCCGCGGACAGCCUGGUGUCAUGGGUUUCCCUGGCCCCAAAGGUGCUAAUGGUGAGCCUGGCAAAGCUGGCGAGAAGGGGCUGGCUGGUGCUCCUGGCCUGAGGGGUCUUCCCGGCAAAGAUGGAGAGACGGGUGCUGCUGGCCCCCCCGGACCCGCUGGUCCCGCUGGUGAACGUGGCGAGCAGGGCGCUCCUGGGCCGUCCGGGUUCCAGGGACUGCCCGGGCCUCCCGGUCCCCCCGGUGAAGGUGGGAAGCCAGGCGACCAGGGCGUUCCCGGUGAAGCUGGAGCCCCCGGCCUCGUGGGCCCCCGGGGCGAACGCGGGUUCCCAGGCGAGCGCGGCUCCCCCGGCGCCCAGGGCCUCCAGGGCGGCCGAGGCCUCCCCGGCACUCCCGGCACUGACGGCCCCAAAGGUGCACCUGGCCCCGCGGGGCCCCCCGGCGCUCAGGGCCCCCCAGGCCUGCAGGGCAUGCCCGGAGAGAGAGGCGCCGCUGGCAUCGCUGGGCCCAAGGGAGACAGGGGCGAUGUCGGUGAGAAAGGCCCAGAGGGCGCCCCCGGGAAGGACGGCGGGCGAGGUCUGACCGGCCCCAUCGGGCCCCCGGGUCCUGCGGGUGCCAACGGCGAGAAGGGAGAAGCCGGGCCUCCGGGUCCUUCCGGGACGGCUGGUGCCCGAGGCGCCCCGGGUGAGCGUGGCGAGACCGGACCCCCUGGACCUGCUGGCUUCGCCGGCCCUCCCGGCGCUGAUGGCCAGCCAGGAGCCAAGGGCGAGCAGGGAGAGGCCGGCCAGAAGGGUGACGCCGGGGCCCCGGGUCCUCAGGGUCCCUCCGGAGCUCCCGGGCCUCAGGGCCCUACUGGUGUGACUGGUCCCAAAGGAGCCCGCGGUGCCCAGGGUCCCCCGGGAGCUACCGGCUUCCCCGGAGCUGCUGGCCGCGUGGGCCCCCCAGGCUCGAACGGAAACCCUGGACCCCCUGGUCCUCCUGGUCCUUCUGGAAAAGACGGUCCCAAAGGUGUUCGAGGGGACAGUGGCCCUGCGGGCCGCGCUGGCGAGCCUGGUCUGCAAGGCCCUGCCGGAGCCCCUGGCGAGAAGGGAGAGCCUGGAGACGACGGCCCCCCGGGUCCUGAUGGCCCCCCAGGCCCCCAGGGUCUGGCUGGGCAGAGGGGCAUCGUGGGUCUGCCUGGACAGCGUGGGGAGAGAGGCUUCCCCGGCCUGCCCGGCCCAUCGGGUGAGCCUGGCAAGCAGGGAGCUCCCGGGUCAUCUGGAGACCGCGGUCCCCCCGGCCCCGUGGGCCCGCCUGGCCUGACCGGUCCUGCGGGAGAGCCUGGACGAGAGGGAAGCCCUGGCGCUGAUGGCCCCCCGGGCAGAGACGGCGCAGCUGGAGUGAAGGGUGAUCGUGGUGAGACUGGUCCCUUGGGAGCCCCCGGAGCCCCUGGGCCCCCCGGCUCUCCCGGCCCCUCUGGCCCCACCGGCAAACAGGGAGACCGAGGAGAAGCGGGCGCACAAGGCCCCAUGGGCCCCGCAGGACCCGCCGGAGCCCGGGGAAUCCCCGGCCCUCAAGGUCCCCGAGGUGACAAAGGAGAAGCAGGAGAGGCUGGCGAGAGGGGUCUCAAGGGACACCGUGGCUUCACGGGGCUGCAGGGGCUGCCUGGCCCCCCUGGUCCUUCCGGAGACCAAGGCGCUUCCGGUCCUGCCGGUCCUUCUGGCCCGAGAGGACCACCAGGCCCUGUGGGGCCCUCCGGCAAAGAUGGAUCUAACGGCAUCCCAGGCCCCAUCGGACCUCCCGGCCCCCGUGGACGCUCAGGAGAAACUGGCCCCGCUGGUCCUCCUGGAAAUCCCGGCCCCCCAGGCCCUCCCGGCCCCCCCGGACCUGGCAUCGAUAUGUCUGCCUUCGCUGGCCUAGGCCAGAGGGAGAAGGGCCCCGACCCCAUGCAGUACAUGCGGGCGGACCAGGCAGCCGGCAGCCUCAGGCAGCACGACGCCGAGGUGGACGCCACACUCAAGUCCCUCAACAACCAGAUCGAGAGCAUCCGCAGCCCCGAGGGCUCCCGCAAGAACCCUGCUCGAACCUGCCAGGACCUGAAACUCUGCCACCCAGAGUGGAAGAGCGGGGAUUACUGGAUCGACCCCAACCAGGGCUGCACGUUGGAUGCCAUGAAGGUUUUCUGCAACAUGGAGACUGGUGAGACCUGCGUCUACCCCAGCCCUGCCACUGUUCCCAAGAAGAACUGGUGGAGCAGCAGGAACAAGGAGAAGAAGCACAUCUGGUUCGGAGAGACUAUCAAUGGCGGCUUCCACUUCAGCUACGGCGAUGACAACCUGGCUCCCAACACCGCCAACGUCCAGAUGACCUUCCUGCGCCUGCUGUCCACCGAGGGCUCCCAGAACAUCACCUACCACUGCAAGAACAGCAUCGCCUACAUGGACGAGGCCGCCGGCAACCUCAAGAAGGCCCUGCUCAUCCAGGGCUCCAAUGACGUGGAGAUCCGGGCCGAGGGCAACAGCAGGUUCACGUACACUGUCCUGAGGGAUGGCUGCACGAAACACACCGGUAAGUGGGGCAAGACGGUCAUCGAGUACCGGUCACAGAAGACAUCCCGCCUCCCCAUCAUUGACAUUGCGCCCAUGGACAUCGGAGGGCCCGAGCAGGAAUUUGGUGUGGACAUAGGGCCUGUCUGCUUCUUGUAAAGACACGAACCCAGAGACAUCACCACCCAUGGCAAAAACCAAAGGACUCAAGUACUUUCCAAUCGCGGUCACUCUAGGGCUCUGCAGGGAACGGCCGACCCGAUGUCCAUGCACCCCGCCCGCUCACAGUUUGGACUUGAACCCCCUCUCUUGCUGAGAGACCUGGGCAGACUGCAAAGUAAAAUCUCGGUGUUCUAUUUAUUUAUUGUCUUCCUGUUAGACCUUUGGGUCCAGGCAGAGGCAGGAAACUAACUGGUAUGAGUCAAACGCCCCCUGAGAGACUGCCCCCCACCCCCAGCCCAGACAAGAAGACCCCCUCCUCCGGAUGCUGGGCGCGGGAACUGUGUGUGUCCUACGUAAUGGUGCUAUUCUGUGUCAAACACCUCUGUAUUUUUUAAAACAUCGAUUG